AAUAAACCGAACAAAACACCACUCUCCUACCCUCUUCCCCUUCCCCUCGACUGCCAUCAAUCAUUUCUCCAUCAACUUCUAUAUAAAAAAAAGAAGAAAAAAAAUCUUGGCCAUAUGAAUCAAGACAUUAGAGUUCAUCCUCCAUCAAACUCAGUCCACAACCCAAAGCUAAGGCCAACCCUUAUAUCUUACUUCAAUAAACCCACCCUUCUCAAAAUCUUCGUUUUCUGCUUCUUCCCUUUCAUCAUAUCAUCCUUUCUCCUAGCUUACUUCAACAACAAUCUAAGUGGCAAUAAUUCUGAAAUGAUGUUGCCAGGAUAUCAUAAUGACUCUGAUGUUGCUAAUGUGGAUUCAAGUGAAACUGUUUAUGUUCCCUUUAAAGACACUGGUUAUGUUUGUUCAACAAUGGAAGAGCCUUGCGUUUCUUGUACCACAUUCAACAUCCUAGCUCCCAUUUACAAGAGAUUGGACCAGCAGAAUCAGAGUGUACGAGAGAGUGAUUUUAGAGCAUUUUGGUUGGCUAGAAAUAAGAAUAUCCUAAAUUGGUUGCUUUACGAAAGGUCGUCCAUUAUCUGUCUCCAGGAAUUUUGGGUUGGAAAUGAAGAGUUAGCGCAUAUGUAUGAAGAAAGGCUUGGUUCUGCUGGCUAUGAUACCUUCAAGCUUGCAAGAAGCAACAACCGAGGAGAUGGUUUGUUGACUGCUAUACACAAGGAAUACUUCAAGGUUUUAAACCAUGGGGAGUUGUUCUUCGAUGACUUAGGUGAUCGUGUUGCUCAACUGUUACAUGUUCAAUUGAUUGUACCUUUCUCAAGAAAUCAGAAUGACAGUGUUGAUCAAGAAAUUAUCAUUGUGAACACCCACCUUUUAUUUCCUCAUGAUUCUAGUUUAUCGAUUGUAAGACUGCACCAGGUUUACCAAAUACUACAAUAUCUGGAAACAUAUCAGAGAGAAAACAAACUCAGCCAGAUUCCUGUAAUACUCUGUGGUGACUGGAAUGGAAGCAAGCGUGGACAUGUCUACAAGUUCCUCAGGUCCCAGGGAUUUGUAUCAUCUUAUGAUAUUGCACACAAAUAUACAGACAGCGAUGCGGAUGCUCAUAGGUGGGUUAGCCAUCGAAAUCAUAGGGGAAACAUCUGUGGUGUCGAUUUCAUAUGGCUUUAUAAUCCCCAUAAAUCACGAAAACCUUUGAAAAUAAGUUGGGCUGAAGCAGCUUUUGGUAUAAUAAAGUAUCAACUUAAAAAGGUUUCGUUGUCUGAAAAUGAUGCCUUUACCUUUAUAAGGGAUGACAAUAACAGCAACCACACAACAUAUUCAGCUUUCUGUGAUGCACUUAGACAGGUGAAUUUGACUGGUCUUUCUUACGGAUUAUGCUUCCAGGAGAUGAAAGAUCUCUGGGUCCAAGCAGACACCAAUGGAAAUGGUGUUCUAGACUAUGAAGAAUUUAAGAGAAUUUGGGAUGCUACAUGGUUGCAACAGAUGGAUGAAGAGUGCAGCUUAGCAGACUUGAAUGAAGGCAUUGCAGAAGAAGAAGCUAUCGGUUUUGCUGUAAAGAAAGCAGUUCUCUUCCCCCGUGAAGUGGAGAAAGGGAUAUGGCCUGAAAACUACUCUCUUUCUGAUCAUGCCCGACUCACCGCGGUAUUCUCACCAGUGAGAUUACGGUGUUCGAAGCAAAACUUGUAGAGUAAAUAUGUCGAUAGCACAGCAGAACACAAAUGUUGUUACACAUU